AUGCAGCGGAACGGGGUGGUGGAAUGCAGCGUUUGCCGCUCCCGGGUGGUGGUGCCGAGCCCCCGGAGCGUGUCCAGGGCAUACGACAAGCACCGCAGCAAGAUGACGUCCAAGUUCCGCGCGCUCAACGUCUUCCUCGUCGUCGGUGACUGCAUCCUUGUUGGUCUCCAGCCCAUCCUAGUGUUCAUGUCAAAGGUUGAUGGGAAGUUUCAGUUCAGUCCCAUCAGUGUUAACUUUCUGACGGAGGUUAUGAAAGUCAUCUUUGCUAUUGUGAUGCUCAUAAUUCAGUCUAGAAAGCAAAAGGUUGGAGAAAAGCCACUUUUGGCACGUUCAACCUUCAUACAGGCAGCCCGUAAUAAUGUACUUCUAGCAGUUCCUGCUCUUCUAUAUGCCAUCAACAAUUACCUAAAAUUCAUAAUGCAGUUGUACUUCAAUCCUGCGACUGUAAAAAUGCUAAGUAACCUGAAGGUACUGGUUAUAGCUGUUCUUCUGAAAUUUAUAAUGAGAAGGAGAUUCUCAGUUAUUCAGUGGGAAGCUCUUGCUCUAUUGCUUAUUGGAAUCAGCAUCAAUCAACUCCGAACUGUACCCGCGGGCAAUACGGCAUUUGGUCUUCCUGUCACUGCUAUUGCCUACAUAUAUACAUUGAUUUUUGUAACUGUUCCUUCAAUGGCUUCUGUCUACAAUGAAUAUGCCUUGAAAAGCCAAUAUGACACUAGCAUUUAUCUCCAGAACUUGUUUCUGUACGGAUAUGGAGCAAUAUUCAACUUCCUUGGCAUUCUCGGGACUGCCUUAUUCCAAGGGCCAGAAAGUUUUAAUAUUCUUCGAGGACAUUCAAGGGCCACAAUGUUUCUCAUAUGUAACAAUGCUGCACAAGGCAUUCUAUCUUCAUUCUUCUUUAAGUAUGCAGACACAAUUUUGAAGAAGUAUUCGUCAACUGUUGCCACAAUAUUUACUGGCCUAGCUUCUGCUGCAUUCUUGGGGCAUACUUUGACCAUUAAUUUUCUCCUGGGCAUAUCAGUGGUGUUUAUUUCAAUGCACCAGUUCUUCUCUCCACUUGCUAAAGCCAAAGAUGACAAACCAGCUGACUUAAUAGAGUUGGAAGAUACCCAAAAUCACCGGUCAUCUGAAUCUUCUUUUGUAAAUAUGACUGCUGGUGCCGCUGAUGAUGCGAGCCAUCGGAUUGGAACUGAUGAGAGGCAACCGCUGUUGCCUACAUGA